GGCCCCAAAGUGAAGGGGGACGUGGAUAUUUCUGCACCUGAUCUGGAAGGCCCUAAGGUUGAGAUUGAGGCCCCGGACAUCGACAUCAAAGGCCCUGAAGGGAAACUGAAAGGCCCCAAGUUCAAGCUGCCCGAGAUGCACAUCAAGGCCCCCAAGAUCUCCAUGCCCGACGUGGACUUGAACCUGAAAGGCCCCAAAGUCAAAGGAGGUGUAGACGUGCCGGGAGUUGAAUGUGAACUGAAAGGUCCCGAGGUCGAUAUCGGCGCUCCGCAAUUCGAUGUAGGUGCCCCCGAGGUUGACGUCGACAGCCCCGACGGUAAAUUCAAGCUGCCUAAAUUCAAAAUGCCCAAGUUCUCCAUGCCCAGCUUCAAAGGGGAAGGAGGAGAUGUGGAGGUGAACCUCCCCAAGGGAGACAUCGGCGUUUCGGGCCCCGGCGUCGUCGUAGAGACUCCUGACCUGAGUGUGGACGGAAAAGCCAAAGGUCCCAAGUUGACGCUGCCUGAGAUGCACAUCAAGGCUCCCAAGGUCUCCAUCCCCGACGUCGACUUCAACAUCAAGGGGCCUUCACUGAAGGGAGAGGUCGAUCUUUCCGGUCCCAGGCUCGAAGGGGAUUUGAAAGGACCCCAACUGGAUGUGAAAGCCCCCAAAAUAGACGUCGAGGCUCCCGACGUGACCAUCGAAGGGCCGGAAGGGAAACUGAAAGGCCCCAAGUUCAAGCUGCCCGAGAUGCACAUCAAGGCCCCCAAGAUCUCCAUGCCCGACGUGGACUUCAACCUGAAGGGCCCCAAGCUGAAGGGGGACGCGGACGUGUCGGCGCCAAAGCUGGAAGGGGGGUUGCAGGGUCUAGAUGUUGACCUCCAAGGCCCCAAGUUGGACAUUCAGGCCCCCGAGGUGAACAUCGAAGGGCCCGAUGGAAAACUGAAGGGCCCCAGGAUCAAGAUGCCCGAAAUGCACGUCAAGACCCCCCAGAUCUCCAUGCCGGACAUCGACUUGAACCUCAAGGGCCUGAAGCUGAAAGGUGACGCUGACCUUCAGGGCCCGAAGCUCGAGGGAGGUCUGAAGGGUCCCGACGUCGCUAUUAAGGCCCCCAAAGUAGAUAUCGAGGGCCCGGGGGUGGAUGUGGACGGUCUGGAGGGAAAAAUGAAGCUGCCCAAAAUGAAGCUGCCCAAGUUUGGCUUGAAAGGAGAAGGUCCCGAGGUGGACGUGAAGCUGCCAAAGACAGAGGUCGAUCUUUCAGGCCCCAAGGUAGAUAUCGGCGUCCCGGAGGUGAGCGUCGAAGGGCCGGAGGGCAAACUGAAAGGUCCCAAGCUGAAGACGCCAGAAACGCACGCGAACGUUCCCAAAAUCUCGCUGCCCGAGAUCGACUUGAAUUUGAAAGGCCACAAAGCCAAGGGAGGCGUUGACGUUUCCCCCCCCAAGAUGGAAGGUAGCCUGAAAGGUCCCAACGUGGACAUCAAAGGCCCGGAAUUCGGCGUCAAAAGCCCCGAAGUUGACGUUGAAUGUCCCGACCUGAGCGUCGAAGGCCCGGAGGCAAAUGUCAAAUUUCCCAAGUUCAAAAAGUCCAAGUUUGGGUUCGGGAUGAAAAGCCCGAAGGCAGAAAUCAAGGUGCCGGGGGUAGAAGCGGAUUUACCCGAGGCGGAGCUCAACGUGGAGUUGCCCGACGUCAACACGGCUGGGAAGGGGAAGAAGAGCAAGUUCAAGAUGCCGAAACUCCACAUGAGCGGCCCUAAAGUUAAAGGCAAGAAAGGGGGGUUCGACGUGAACGGGGCCGGGGGGGAGCUCGACGCCACGUUGAAAUCCCCCGACCUGGAGCUGAACGUGGCUGGUCCGGACGUGACGGUGAAAGGUGACGCCACGGUGAAGUCCCCCAAAGGGAAGAAACCCAUGUUUGGGAAAAUCUCCUUCCCCGACGUUGAGUUUGACCUUAAAUCGCACCGAUUCCGAGGGGACGCUUCGGCGGCGGCCCCGAAAAUCGAAGGGGAACUGAAAGGGCCUGAUCUCGACGUUUCGGGGCCAAGCGGUGAGGUCAAAGGGCCGAGUCUCCGCGUGGACGUCGCCGUUCCCUCGAUCCCGGUGCCGGACGGCGACUUCGAGGCGAAAGGACCAAAAAUCAAGGGCGAGCUCGGCGUGCCGGCGGCAGAACUGGAAGGUGCCGAGGGAAAGCUCAAGUUGCCCAAGGCGGGGAAAACGGGACUGGGGCUGGAAAUGCCGGAAGCCAACGUGGGGAUCUCGGGCCCGGCCUUGGAAGGAAGCGUGAGCCUCCCCUCGGCCGACGUGAACCUCCGAGGGGUCGACGUGACGCUGAAAGGGCCCCACAUCUCGGGCCCCGAUUUCGAUGGAAACCUGAAAGGACCAAAAAUCAAGGGAGAUCUGGACGUUUCGGCGGAAGGGCCCGACGUCAGCCUGGACGCGCCCAGCGUGGACGCCGAAGCCCCGGGGGCGAAUCUCGCUCUCGGCAUCCCCGGCAUCGCUAUCAAAGGGCCCUCGGCGGAUCUUCCCGCCCCGGGUUUGGAUGGGAGCGUGAAAGGACCAAAGUUGAAAGGAGGCCUUGGCCUUUCUGGCGGCGCCCAACCCCCUCAAGCCUCCGCGGACGCGCCCGACGCCGGCUUCGAAAUCCUGGGUGGCACCAUCAAGCUUCCGUCCCUCAAGCUCCCCCAGUUUGGCAUUUCCAGUCCCGGUGCGGACGGGGCCGACGUCGGCGUCCGUCUUGAAGGCCCCCAAGCCAAAGGAGGCCUGAACGGCGUCGGGUUGGAAGGGCCCGACGUGGGGUGGAAAGGGCCUAAAUUUCAGCUGCAGUCGCCCGGCCUUUCCUCGCCGGACGUUGACCUGAAGCUGAAAGGACCAAACCUGCGGGGAGACGCCGCCGCCGGUGAAAUCCAAGGUCCCCAAGUCACCGUGGAAACACCUCGCGUCUACCUCAAGGAGCCCGGGGUGGGCGUCGACCUGGACGCCUCCGCGCCGAAAGUUUCCGGGUCGGGUUUUAACGUCAAAGGGCCGAAGAUCAAAGGCGGCGCCACCAUCUCCGGGGAGGCGGCGGUGAGCGCCGGAGCUCUCCACUUGACCGCCCCCAAGGUGGGAGUCGGGGCUCCCAGCGUCCCCGCGAGCGUCCCGGAAAGCGGCCAGGGAAAAGUAGCGUUCCCCAAGCUGCGAAUGCCGAAAUUCGUCUUUUCGGACGCCGAGGGGAAGGGCAGAGAGAUGGGGGUGGACGUCGAGUUCCCCGGGCUGGACGCCAACCUCCAGGCCGGCGGUGGCGGCGGCGGCGCUCGAAUCGGAGGAGGCCGAC